ACACUCACUCACUCAUUCACUCUUUACUUUCUUUGUAUCUAUGAAUUGUCUCUCUGCACCUCUCUUUCACAACACAUAAUCAAAAAAAGCAUAUCCAAGGUGUGGUUGUUAACCUGUCUAUCAAUCAAUCAGUCAAUCAAGAGACCAAUCAUCAAACCGAAUAUAUAUUAUUAUCAUUAUCAUUCAUAUCAUCAUGUCAUCAUCCUCUUCUUCAUUAUCUUCCUUGGACCACCUCCCUUCUUCCGAGCAACUUUGUUAUGUCCACUGCAACAUUUGUGACACCAUCCUUGCUGUGAGUGUUCCUUGCACAAGCUUGUUCAAGACUGUGACUGUGAGAUGUGGUCAUUGCACCAAUCUUUUACCAGUCAACAUGCGUGCAUUGCUUCUUCCUUCUCCAAAUCAGUUUCAUUUGGGACAUUCUUUCUUCUCCCCAACUCAUAACCUUCUUCAGGAGGAGAUGCCAAACCCAGCUCCAAAUUUUCUGAUGAACCAUACAAAUGCACCAAAUGAGUUCUCUAUGCCUCCUAGGGUUGUAGCUGAUGAGCUUCCAAGGCCACCAAUCAUCAACAGACCUCCAGAGAAAAGGCAGAGAGUUCCUUCAGCGUACAAUCGCUUCAUCAAGGACGAGAUCCAACGCAUCAAGUCUGUCAAUCCUGAUAUAACCCACAGGGAAGCCUUCAGCGCUGCUGCCAAGAAUUGGGCCCACUUUCCACACAUUCACUUUGGUCUCAUGCCUGAUCAGACUAUAAAGAAGACAAAUGUGUGCCAGCAGGAAGGAGAUGAUCAGGUUCUGAUGAAAGAUGGAGGGUUUUAUGCUUCAGCUAAUCUUGGUGUUUCUCCUUACUAAUGCAUCAAUUAAUCUCUAUAUGGUUGAAGAAUUAAUGUAAUGUUAUGUUGAUAACUAAGGACUAGUCUUUUGGGAUUUUGCAUGCAUGUAGUUUGUUUUUUUCUUUUUUAAUUAUGAACUUUCAUAUGUUUUUUAAUUUCCUUAGAAGUACUACUGCAGCUGAUUACUUAUCUAAUCAAUAAUUAAUUAGUCUUGCUUUCUAGUUAUAAUUAUGUAAUUU